CAGAAGUGGAGGAACAUCUAGCAGCAGAUAGAAAGUAUCAGAGCUACAGAGAGGAUCACAGAGGAAUAACAGAUUUUUUGGUGGAGAAUUUUUUAUCAACAAUGGAGCCUCUGCAGGAGGAAAAAUCAGAGAAAAGAGGGUGCCUGGACUGCUGUAUUAAAUGUUUGGGAGGGGUACCCUACGCCUCUCUGUUAGCCACCAUUCUGUGUUUUUCGGGAGUAGCACUGUUCUGCGGAUGUGGACACGUAGCACUGACUGGUACGCUCUCGAUCAUUGAGAACAACUUCUACAGAAAUGCUAGUGAACCUGCUAUGCUAACUGAAAUAAUCUACCUGCUGCAGUACGUGAUUUAUGGCAUCGCUUCGUUUUUCUUCCUGUAUGGCAUCAUCCUGCUGGCAGAGGGAUUUUAUACCACCAGCGCAGUGAAGGAACUACAUGGAGAGUUUAAAACCACCAUCUGCGGCCGGUGCAUUAGUGCCAUGUUUGUGUUCCUGACCUAUGUUCUUGGUGUAGCUUGGCUGGGUGUUUUUGGUUUUUCUUCGAUUCCUGUGUUCCUGUUUUUUAACAUUUGGUCCACGUGCUCCUCCAUAAACCCGAACCAUCCCAGCAACUCCUCUGUCUGUGUGGACAUGCGCCAGUAUGGAAUUAUUCCAUGGAAUGCUUCACCUGGUGUUGCUUGUGGAACUGAUCUUCUCAACAUGUGUAAUUCGAGUGAGUUCUAUCUUUCCUACCACCUGUAUAUUGUUGCAUGUGCUGGAGCCGGUGCUACCGUCAUUGCUAUGUUCAUCUACAUGAUGGCUACCACCUAUAAUUUUGCUCUUCUCAAGGUUAAGAGCAGAAAAGAUUUUUGUACAAAGUUUUAAAAGUGACCUUGAAAAUCAUUCAAACCAAAACAAGCUCAUUUACAAUCAAAUGUCCCAGCUUUUAAUGAUGUGUUUUAAACUCACAAGCUGAAGAUCAGCAAUUAGACACAUGCAAACUAGCUGCACUCAAAAUACCCCCCUCAAAACAGCUAGCUAAAUGCUAUCAUGGUAAUAAUCUGUCCACUUAAAUGUACUUGAAAUGAAAAACAUCUAGUUCUCUCAACAGAUGUCCUUGUGCAUCAUUAUUGAAUUAAUUUAAUCAGUCGAGACAAUCAGAGAUGACUUUACUUCUGUAGUUUCUGUACUUGCCCUGUUUAGCAUGACGAAGCUAAUGGCUAAUCAGUAAGCAUCAUGCUAAUCAACAACAAAUUAUUUAAAGUAAAUUUACCUUUAAUUUGAAAGAUUUUAUGUUCAAUUACCAUUAAAAGUGAAUCUUUUAAUUAUUCCAUAUUUUGGGUAAAAUUUACCUAAACCAAAUAAAAAAUUCUAAGACAUGUUAGCAUCACUACAAAGGUGCCAAAUUUAGAAUCCAAACCCACUGGCAAAAUUGGUCAAAUUGAACAGUUAAAAGUGUAACAAAAUUUAUUUUAAUUUAAUUUAUUGAAUUAUUUCUGAGAAGAAAGUUUGAACUGAAAAUUUCUUAAAAAUAAUAUUUUUGGAUGUUGAAUCUCAAGUUUGAGAUCUUUUCUGUUUUUCUUUAUAAAAAAUUUAAUUGUAUUCAAACCAUGUAUAUUAUUACUAUUAUUAUUGAUACAUUAUUUAA